AUGGGUGCAUCCGCUACGGUUGUUUCAGUCACAGCCGUACUCCCAGAAAUCUCUGCUCCAUUGCCAGAUUCUCCCAGUUCGAGAUCAACAAAUGAACCGAGGUUUACACACACACGACAUUCCAGCUACCCCAACUUCCCUGUCGCUUCCGAUCCGUCGUCUUCUUCAGCGUCGAACAGAGAUCGUGCAAGUUCUGCCCAUCGCCCUGCACAGGCGGGAUCCUCGUCUUCUACAUCCACUGCUUCCACAUUAGUUACAUCAGGAGCUCGACCAGCCAAAUGGCGGCCACCAAGUAGAAGCCGGUCACGCCAACAACAAAAAGAACAAGCAAAGCUCACUCCUAAACCUAUUACUGGCAAACUUAGUGGGAUUGUUGGAUUCAUGACAGGCUGCGGAGCCCUCGUUGCAUUAAUUUUCUUUUUACCACUUCCUACAAAGUUAGCUGAGGACAAGCAUAUGACUCGGGAAAGUGCUUUGAAGCAUACAUUCUAUAUUGUUGCCUGUGUGUCAUGGAUUGUGGCCCUCACAGUCUUCAUAGGACUACGAGGUGGAGGUGUUGGUGGCAAGCAUGGAGAGUUUUGGAAGAUCGGAAACCUUUUGAGACUAUGGAAGAAUUGGAGAGCCUCGAGUAAUGAUGCGUCCAGCUCCGGUGGCGACGAAGAGGCUCCUGAAGAUGCAAGAGGGGCAAACGACGGACGAUCGCACGAAAGAUCAUCUUUGUUACCAGACACCAGGAGCAUCCAGAGCGGAGGGUCUUCAAGGUCAAGAACAGGAGGAUAUGAUUCCAUCUGGAAUUCGGGGACCCCCGGCGAUUCUGACAAUUGGAAAGGGUCCACUAGAACCUAUUUCCAAGGGUUGUGGCUUGCUCUAAAAGCAGGCAAGGAAGACUGGCGGAUCGGCCUAGGUUACCUCGGCGGGUUUGUGGCAAGGUCAAUGUCAGUUGGGAUAUCGCUAUUCAUUCCACUUUACGUUAAUCAGUGGAUGCGAGCACGCGGGAUGUGCCCUCCUGUCCUCCCUUCUGACCCAAAUUAUAAAAAGUCAUGUCGCGAAGCCUAUAUCCUUGCCGCCAUGCUCACAGGGACAUCGCAACUAUCUGCACUCGUCUUCGCACCAAUCGUCGGAUAUUUUUCAGAUAGAUACGAACCCCAAUAUCCUUUACUGGCGACAGCCGUUCUAGGCUUCUUCUCAUGCGCCGCUUUCAGCGCUCUACAAUCCCUAUCCGUCGGAGCGGACCGCAGUUGGGCUUAUUUACACUGCGCUAUGAUGGGAAUUGGACAAAUAGGAGCUAUAGUGUCCUCCCUAGCAUUGAUCGGAAAUGCUAUACAAGACCCAUCACAUUCGCCGUCUCUGCAGCAGAUUGAAGCGAACGCCGCCACCCCUCCAGUAAUAGACGAAUCAACCUCAUUGAACCCCACUGCGACACCCGCCAGAAAUGGUACCAAACCACAUCGCCUAGCAUUCAAAGGCGCAAUCUCCGGAGUUUAUUCUCUUUGCGGAGCAGCCGGUAUCUUACUUUUGACACAAUUCGGAGGAUGGGGAGCAGAUCAUGUGAACAGUGGGUUUGCAUUCGAUUUACUCGCGGUCUUCUUCACAAUCGAGAUUGCCCUUGGCUGCUGGUUAAUCUUUCGAUCGAAAGCAACUAAUGUAUAA